AUGACUGACGAUACUGAAUCGCCUCACAGGCGUCUCCUCAGUGCCCAAACCGCUUCUAGCCUUCAAUAUCCAACCCUUCCACCUCUAUCAGCUUCUGUUGAGGAGUGGUUAUCCCGUUCACGACCGACGAACAUGACGUCAGAUCGAGUUUCUGAUCCGUCCCCCAGAACCUUGAGUGAAAGCUGGGCGACGCUGAGUGUAUCUGAUAUACGCUCAGAAGAUGGCAGCCACUCGGAACAGAACGAUCUGUGCUCGUUAAUUGACCAGACCAGCCCUGACGACGUUGCAAGCCUCGAUGAACGCUACAGUAGUAGUGAGGCCGAAGCGCAAGAUGAAUACAACCGAGAGGAUGAUGGGAUAGAGGAGGAGAAGUUUCAAUGUCCUGAAUCAGCCUCUCAGGAGUUGCCUGCUCUCUUUGCCGCCAGAAGAACCACGAUCGAUGACAGCACCGCAACCACAAAGCCCUCCUUUCCCCACACCAGUGAUUCAAUCGAGUUUGUGGAGCCCGAGAAAUGGCCUGAGAUCGAGAGAGUGGAGCUCAAGCAUACUAUCCGUAUCUUUGAAGGUGCGGCAGCUUCGGAAUUGAAAAGCCGGCUGCCUUACAACUCCACCGAUUCCAUUCUUAUGGCUACUCUUCAGCAGACCAUGACGAAACAGAGUCUCGACCUUGAUAAACCUUUCCGCGUGCUCUAUGUCGGACACCCUGGUUUCCGAAACAUCAUUCUCGACAAGAUCGGCGAUGUUCUGGUAUCGAGCUCCUGUGCUGGUUCAGAGCCUAGCUCGGCUGAAUCUUCCCGAUAUCAUGUCGUUCCCACCUCUUUUGGUGCCGGGGCUAUUCCAAAUUUUGCGGAGCUCUUGCCCAUUCAUGUUCAGCUAGUGGUGGACGAAUGUCUGGAAGCAACGGCUGAUCCACGUGCGGAUAGACCCGAUACACUCAACCUGAAGUUCAAGAAUCGCCCUGUGUGCACUUCAACCUGGAAUGGAUCUGACUACUAUGUAACUUCUGCAACAGACUGGACUUUACCAGAUGUCGCAAUUCUGUUGAUCUCGGGCCUUGAUGAUGCUGCAGCUGUGAAGACACAGCGUCUUGCCCAUACAUUCCUAGAACGACAUGGGGUUCCGGCGAUGGUCAUCUCGGAAGAACCACUGUGGAAAAUGGCUGGAGAGAUGAUCCCUCUCAACCAUAACAGUUUGCACACGUGUCUGGAAUCCCGCCAUCCACUUUCCGGGGAGACCGCAGUUCUUCGGCGGUAUCCCAUUGAUUUGAAGACUUUCGAGAGCAUCACGCCUGGCCAGCUGAACCGAAACCUGGCCUCGCUCGUCGGCCUGUAUCCGAAGAAGGCUCAUAAAGUCAUCGCCGAGGCCCCAAAACCUGCUCAAAGAAACAUUUUCGCGGAUCUUGAGAAGUAUCCUGGGAACUGGCUCCCGCCUUCCUAUGCUACUCGGGCCCGAGAACUAUCACCGACGCUUCGGGCAUUUACUUUGACACUCAUUAUGGCUAUUGCCCUCUCCAUUGGGUUUACGGCUCUCAGGGUUUCGGUCAUUUUCCUAGCACAAUUCUUUGCCGGAUCAGCUCUCACCAAUGCAUCCUUGCCAAUGGCAUCCCAGGUUUCUUCCACCUCUGUCCUGACCCUCAAUCAAGUCAUACAGACCUCGGUUUCGACACCAUCGUCAUCCUCUGUCCGGCUAUUGCAUGUACCCUCUUUGGAAAACUCAGUCCCCAAUGAUGGCGUAGCUUCAAUUGCUUCUGUCACAAACCCGUCGGGAAAGAACCACGAAUUUGAGAUCCAAGUUAUUGGAGACUGCCAUGUCAUCAUCAAACCUCCUCAUAAGUUUGCAUCAUCCAGAAAACGGCCACAGUUCAGCAUCAGUAUUUACAGGGAGAGUACUGCCCUUCCAUACGAGAUGUCACAGCUGUUUGAUGGGGUCUACACGCUGAAACUGAACCGUGAGGAUGCGUACGGUUUGGUCAACUUGACGAUCACAACCCAGUCGAAGCGCCCAAUCAGCGAGACAAUGAUUCUUGAUUUCGGAACCCCGUGGUUGAAAAUUUCAAACUGGAAGCGUGCAGCCCGAGGAAUUUCCUCUCAGUUCGCCAAGGACCUACAUACGGCUCAGACUGGCCUGACCGAGGUGUACGGCCGGUUCUCCACCGACUUGCAGGUGAUCAUGGGAGAUGUGGUGAAGAGGACCCAUAUACUGCGCCGCGAUGCCGAGGCUUUGAAUUCAAGCAACACUGUGUUAUCUCGUUCGAAACAAAUUUCAGAAGUCGUCACUCGCAAUGCCAUUCAGCGAUUCCGCAGUGCCGCUUCCGUGCUGCAACUACGAUCCAGUCGCGUGAAUGAGGAGGCCAAGGGCCUCGUUCAUGACGUUUGGAGCCGGCUUGAGAAUUCAGCGGCCAAACUGGACAUCCGCAACAUGAUGGAUCGAGUGCGCAAGGCACGGAAGUGCGAGGCGCUAGAUCGGGCUCAGUCGCGUGCUCGAUAUGUUCUGGGACUCCGGGCCGAUAAAUCCGAGGAUUGCUGA